AUGAGUGAAGCCAAAAAUAUGGAAGUUUGCGGGAGUGUAAUGGACGGGGUGGCCGAAAAGGGUGGCGUUUUAGAAUCGCCGAGCAAAAAGGCGCCAACCGAAUACACAGUAUUUCCCAUAAGAUGGUUGGUGCUGUUCAUAUUCGUGUUUUACUCGGCGUCUAAUUCGAUGCAGUGGAUCCAGUACAGCAUCAUUCAGGACGCCGUCGUGAAAUACUAUGGAGUCAAUAGCAUAACUGUAUAUUGGACCUCAAUGAUAUACAUGAUCACGUACAUACCACUGAUUUUCCCGGCGAGUUGGCUUCUGGAUAAAAUGGUAAGAGGUCCUAUAACAUUUGAUCUAAUAACAUUUUCAUAUUAUGCAGAUUAA